GUGCGCAAAGGCACAGCAGCACCAGCGGUGGCAGCAGCGUCAAUGCAUCUGUGAGUCUUCGAAUCGGUUGUCUUGAGCUGCCAGUCCUCUGUACGUUUCAGAUUGAGAUUUCACAGCGCAAGGUCUUGAGGAGCCUCGCCAUCAACCGACACACUUUCGGAGCUCAGCGUUUAUUAUUAGCUCCGCUCUAAUAGACUAUUAUCACGACCCUAUUCUAUUUAUGCCGGUUUCUUGAAUAUUUAAUGGAAAAUGGCGAUCUGCGCUCAGUCCUACGGUAUAUUCUGUCUGUUCUCAAUCCAAACUAUCCUCAUCAUUAGCUUAUCUUCGCCGGCAACGGGGAGCCUCCGCUUCCCCCAACACUACACAAUGAUGCAUUGGGCAGGCCGCAUUGAGAAGGAGCUGGAGAAGACUAUACAGUUGGUCACUGGAACCCAGCAGAUAAGAGGGAUUUACAAUGAGAAGAAGAGUCAGUUUGACAUCAAGAGGAACAAUCCCAAGGACCUGGUGGAGAGGGUGGCACGAGACAUCGCCAAGCUGCUCACUAGCAAGAGGAGAGCCCUGGAGAGGCUGGCCAGGGAGGCGGAGCAGCUGCAGACAGAUUUUCCCUGGCUGGACAGUAUCAAGGAGAGCGACAUGGAGUACUAUGAUUCGAAAGCGGAAUCAGACUAUACGGAGGACGGAGAUGGGGAAGAGAACCUGAUGGAGAACCCCUACUCCAUGAAGCUGGAGUUUGUGGACGAUCCCAACUUUAAAAAUAAGGUCAACUACUCCUACAGCGCCGUCCAGAUCCCCACAGACAUCUAUAAGGGCUCACCAGUCAUCCUGAAUGAGCUGAACUGGACCCAGGCUCUGGAGAGGGUUUUCAUUGAUAACCGCCGGGAGGACAGCUCUCUGCGCUGGCAGGUGUUCGGCAGCGCCACGGGGGUCACAAGAUAUUACCCAGCCACUCCAUGGAGAGCACCCAAUAAGAUUGACCUGUAUGACGUCCGCAGGCGGCCAUGGUACAUCCAAGGGGCAUCAUCUCCCAAGGACAUGAUCAUCAUCGUGGACGUGAGUGGCAGUGUCAGUGGACUCACUCUGAAACUGAUGAAGACGUCGGUCAUGGAGAUGCUAGACACUCUGUCAGAUGACGACUAUGUGAAUGUAGCCAGGUUUAACGAGAAGGCUGAUGCUGUCGUCCCCUGUUUUAAGACCUUGGUCCAGGCCAACAUGAGAAACAAGAAGAUCUUCAAGGAGUCUAUCAUGCACAUGCAAGCCAAAGGAACCACUGACUACAAGUCUGGCUUCCAGUUCGCCUUCGAACAGCUACUCAAUGAUACCGGCGCCCCAAGGGCGGGCUGCAAUAAGAUGAUAAUGAUGUUUACAGAUGGAGGAGAGGAUCGUGCACAGGACAUCUUUGAGAAGUACAACUGGCCCAACAAAACAAUUCGAGUAUUUACCUUUUCAGUUGGGCAGCACAACUAUGAUGUCACCCCCUUGCAGUGGAUAGCUUGUGCCAACAAAGGAUUCUACUAUGAGAUUCCAUCCAUUGGAGCCAUCAGAAUUAACACACAGGAGUACCUGGAUGUGCUGGGUCGGCCCAUGGUGCUGGCUGGGCCCAAGGCCAAGCAGGUCCAAUGGACCAAUGUCUACCAGGAUGCUCUGGGUCUGGGUCUGGUCAUAACUGGGACCAUGCCAGUCUUCAACCUCACCGCUGAUGCAAAUUCUCAGACGCAGCUUGUCCUUGGUGUCAUGGGGGUGGAUGUUGCAAUCAACGAAAUUAAGAGGAAGACACCAACAUACAGGCUUGGAGCCAAUGGAUACACCUUUGCGAUCGACCAAAAUGGCUAUUUGCUCCUGCACCCCAACCUGCAACCUAAGGUAGGAUCAAGACUGUCCUCUAUGCAUCCCAUCCUGCAACCUAAGAUCAUUAACUUCAGAGAACCUGUCACCCUGGACUUCCUGGAUGCUGAGCUAGAGGACAGUAAAAAGGAGGAGAUCCGUCGAGAAAUGAUUGAUGGCAAAUCAGGGCAAAAGAAAAUCAAGACUCUCAUUAAGUCUGUUGAUGAGAGGUACAUUGAUGAGGCCAUGCGGACAUAUACCUGGACACCAGUGGAGGGCACAGAUUACAGUCUAGGGCUGGUACUGCCCACAUACAGUGAGAACCACAUCAAGGCUAACCUGAGUGACCAGAUCCUGCAGGUGCAGUAUUUUGAAUCUCUGCUGCCAAACAGUUUUGAGUCUGAAGGACAUGUAUUCAUAGCUCCCAGGGAAUACUGCAACGAGCUAGAGCUCUCCAACAACAACACUGAGUUCCUGCUCAACUUCAUCGCUCUCAUGGAGAAGGUGACACCUGACUCCAAACAAUGUGACAACCUGCUCCUUCAUAACCUCAUCCUCGACACUGGCAUCAUCAGACAGCUGGUGGAGAAGGUGUGGAAGACCAAAGACCUCACCACCUAUGGCUUUCUGGCAGUGUUUGCUGCAACAGACGGAGGGAUUACAAGAGUGUUUCCCAACAAGGCUGCUGAGACCUGGGAAGAGGACCCUGAGCCUUUUAAUGCCAGCUAUUACCGCCGCAGUCUGGACAACAAGGGCUACAUCUUCAGAGCGCCUUAUCGCACCGUGAAUGAUGAACUGCUGAACCCAGAGAACGACACCAUAGGAAUCCUGGUCAGCACUGCAGUGGAGAUCACAGUGGGAGGGAAAACCAUCAAACCUGCAGUGGUUGGCGUAAAGCUGGACCUUGAGGCCUGGGUGGACAAAUUCAAGAUCCUGGCUAGCAACCAAACAAGUCCAACAAGUGACAACCGCCAAGUCCAACAAACGUGUGGACCAACCAGUGGCUGUGAGAUGGACUGUGAAGCCAACAGCGAAGACCUUCUAUGUUACCUGGUGGAUGACGGUGGUUUCCUGAUCAUGUCCAAUCAGAAGGAUCACUGGAACAAGAUUGGCAUGUUCUUCAGUGAGGUGGACCCCUACCUGAUGCAUGCUCUCUACAACAACUCCUUUUACAACCGGAAGCAGUCCUUUGACUACCAGUCUGUGUGUGACCCCGUGCCAAGCAGCAACACCGGGGCUGCACCAAGAGGAGUCUUUGUGCCCACCAUUGCAGACUUUGUGAACCUGGCCUGGUGGUCAUCAGCAGCUGCCUGGUCCCUAUUUCAGCAGCUGCUCUAUGGAAUGGCCUACCACAGUUGGUUUGUCACAGAUGAGGUGGAGGCAGAGGGGAUGGACUCCAGAGAGACCAGCUGUGUGACGAUACAGACUCAGUUCUACUUCACUAACAUCAACAGCUCCUAUGACAUCUUGCAAGACUGUGGCAACUGUUCCAGGCUGAUCCAUGCCAAGAGGUUAAACAACACCAACUUGCUGUUUGUGGUGGCAGAGAAGAUGCCCUGCAACACCUGUGAGGUGGAGAAACUGUCCCAGGCAGAGACAGAGUUCAAGGAGGAUAACCCAUCAUGUGAGGACAUGAGUGCAGCGAGGUAUCGAAAAGGGCCCGCUGUGUGCUACGACUACAAUCUUUCUGAGAACACAUCAGACUGUGGGCGGGGCCACUCCUUCCACCCCUCACUCCAGACCCUGCUCAUGAUUCAGCUCUUCCUCCUCUAUCCAAUCGCCAGCCCUCAUAUUCUGCCUCUUUUACUUUAAUUUUCCUCCAGUCUGCUCUCCCC